CUUGUGUACACAUGGAAGUGCGCUUUUGUCUGUGCUCAUGAUCUGUCUACUUUGUUUCUAGGGCUCAUCACAAUAAAAGAAGCCCAUGAUAUAGAAGCCAGACUUAAUGAGGUGGAAAAGCUUCUGAAGACUCUUAUAAACAUGCCAUGGAAGUAUUCAAGAUCUGAAGUUGUCCUCACAUUCUUUGAGAGAUCUCCUUUGGACCAAGUUCUAAAAAAUGACAAUGUCCAUAAAAUUCAGCCAAGCUUUCAAAGUCCAGUUAAAAUAUCAGAAAUCAUGCGAUCAAAUGGAUUUUGUUUAGCCAACACUGAAACAAUAGUCAUUGACCACAGUAUACCAAAUGGAAAAGAGAAGCACCUGGAUGUAGAUUCAGCAGAACACUUGUUUGAAAGUGUUAGUGACUUCACCUCAGAGCUAGAAGACAGCGAUGAUCCAACAGCUUAUGUCACCAAUUUGACAUACUACCACUUGGUCCCGUUCGAGACUGAUAUUCUGGACUGA